UUGUUUUCUUUUUUUAUGCAGUGUGUUUGAGGCCAAGACACUAGUCGUGACUAAGCAGGGGUCUUUUCUUUUUUCCUUUCCUUGUGCGUCUGGCUGCAGCAAUCUGCACACGCAGGCCCUGAUGAAUUUUCAGCAGCCUCGAGGGCUGAAUAAGACAUUCCGGACAAAUCUGCCGAUCCCAUCAUGGAACUCCGACCGGGAUCAAUCCUUGCUAUUCCUCAAGCCAAAUCUUCCUCGACCAGGCCGGGUCCAGCGACCCGGUCGGCGGUCGCGCGCCCCCUUGAUCCCGAAUAAGAUUUCUUCUGCGCAUCACUGCAGAUACUGUUCCACGACAAUGAACGGUGGUCCCCAACCAUGUGGUUUCCUUCGGGAGGUGUCCAUCACUCUGCGUUAUCGACAGCAAUCCGAAAUGAUCAGGAUGGUCUCGACUCCGCUUCGAGAUCCAGCGAAGAUGGGUAUUCUCCGCCUCCUUCCUCUCCUCCUUUCCCUCCCUCAUUCCGCUACUGCUAGUUGGGAUUAUAGCACAGGAGACUAUGUCCGCACUCCGUCUCCGUUCUCCAUUCCAACGGUAGUUGUCCGUGGCUAGAGGCCAUUCCAGCGAACGAGGUCACAAGUCGUAAUUGGCCCCCACCCCCUUCCGUGCCCCACCGUCAAACAGACUGUCGCGGAUAACUGAUGUAGCCUUUCUGUGUGGUGGCUUCGGAUUGAAAGGGCUGCCUGGCGCUCGAAGGUCUU